AUGGUGAUCCCAUCUGCUCAGGAACCUCCCUCUACCUCGAGGAUGUCCAAUGGCUUCCCUCCUUCGCCCAUCGCCGAUGAUAACCACACGGAUGGCGAUGCGGUAACGCAGCAUGACCGCAGUCCAUCCGAGCCCAUCGAGUCUCACCCCGUCUCCGAGUCCUCCCCCGAGCCCGAUGCCGCAGACGACUCAUAUGAUGGCGCGUCUGCCGACUCAGACGCGGAAGAUGAGGAUGUCGCAGAGGAGAACACCGUGAAAACUCUUCAUCCCCCCCCCCCCGACCGCCGCGCGAAGCGCAAAUCAUCACCGGUCAGCGAAACCGACCUGAUCAGACAAAAUCCUGACUUAUAUGGCCUUCGCCGAAGUGGUCGCGCUCGCACUACGCGCCAUCUCGCCGACUCAUCCGAUUCCGACUCUGAUGUCGUUACACUGCGCCACAAGCGCCGGCGCAAAGAACCAUCCCAACAGCCCUCCAAGGCAUCCCGGUCGGCCACCGUAUCGUCGCUGUCCGAAACGGAUAGUGAUGAGUAUGGUGGGAAAACAGCUCGUGCCAACAAAGCGAGAAGACGACGUCUCCAGCGACCCGACAGUUACGAACCUUCCUUCCACGAGGUACGCUUCUCAACGCGUACAGCCAAGAAGGUGUCAAACUAUAAUGAGGAUGACGAGGAUGACGAGGCCAUGUUUGAAGAUGAUGCAGAGGAAGUUGAACCGAGCUACUGGGCCGAGAGUUACGUCGAGGACACCCGUCCCGCUGUCGACGUCGUUCUGAAUCAUCGCCUUAAGGAAGGUGUUGACCCAAAAAGCAAAGACCUUGACCGCAACGACUUCGAGUUUUGUAUCAAGUGGCAGGACAAAUCACAUUACCAUGCAACAUGGGAAAGCAAUGAGUCUAUUGCCAACUUCCGCAGCACACGACGUGUGGAUAACUAUGUUCGGAAGGUGCUCAAUGAGGACAUCCGGUUGCAAUAUAGUGCCGACGCGGCUCCCGAGGAUCGUGAAAAGUGGAACCUUGAUCGCGAGCGAGAUGUCGAGGCUAUCGAGGAUUACAAGAUGGUCGAACGAGUCAUUGGUGUACGCGAUGGCGAGGAUGGUACCACAGAAUACCUUGUCAAAUGGAAACGUCUGUUGUACGAUUCCUGUACUUGGGAACCCGAGGACCUGGUCAGUGAGAUCGCACAGCGUGAAAUUGACCGAUUCUUGGACCGCACCGCUCGCCAGCCCAUCUCUGACAAGAACGAGUUAAAUGUUGCCACGCGGAAAUCCUUCGAGCCCAUUCACGGAACCCCUAGUUUCCUGCAUAAUGGAGAGCUCAAGGACUUCCAAGUCAAAGGUCUGAAUUUCCUGGCUUUCAAUUGGGUCAAGGGUCGCAAUGUCGUUCUGGCAGACGAAAUGGGUCUCGGAAAGACAGUGCAAACCGUCUCAUUUAUCAACUGGAUGCGCCAUGUCAGACGGCAGCAAGGGCCAUUUAUUGUUAUUGUUCCUCUGUCGACUAUGCCCGCAUGGGCUGACACCUUCGAUCACUGGACUCCCGACCUCAAUUACGUUGUUUACAACGGCAGUGAGAAGGCACGAUCUGUCUUGCGUGACUACGAACUGAUGGUUGAUGGCAAUCCGAAACGUCCGAAGUUCCAUGUCCUGUUGACAACAUAUGAGUACGCAAUGAACGACUCGCCGUUCCUUGGCCAAUUCAAGUGGCAAUUCAUGGCUGUGGAUGAGGCUCACCGUCUCAAAAAUCGUGACUCGCAGCUUUAUAUGAAAUUAUUCGAAUGGAAAUGCCAGGCACGACUUUUGAUUACCGGUACACCUAUUCAAAACAAUCUUGCUGAGCUCUCAGCUUUGAUGGAUUUCCUCAACCCUGGCCUUAUUGACGUCGACGUCGACAUGGAUCUGAAUUCCGAGGCUGCAUCACAAAAGCUUGCAGAGUUGACCGAUGCCAUUCAGCCUUUCAUGUUGCGCCGUACUAAGUCCAAAGUCGAAUCUGAUCUUCCUCCAAAGACCGAAAAAAUCAUCCGGGUGGAGCUCUCUGAUGUCCAAUUGGAAUACUACAAGAACAUUCUCACGAAAAACUACGCUGCGUUGAACGAUGGGAACAAGGGACAAAAACAGUCACUCCUUAACAUCAUGAUGGAAUUGAAAAAGGCUAGCAAUCACCCUUUCAUGUUCCCAAAUGCAGAAGCAAAGAUUUUGGAGGGUAGUAGUCGUCGGGAAGAUAUCCUUCGUGCCAUGAUUACCAGUAGUGGUAAGAUGAUGCUUCUUGAUCAGCUACUACGCAAACUGAGCGUCGACGGCCAUCGGGUUUUGAUCUUCUGCCAAAUGGUUGGCAUGCUCAACAUCCUGAGUGAGUACAUGGAGUACCGUGGGUACAAAUACCAACGACUGGAUGGAACCAUUCCAUCGGCUGCCCGUCGCUUGGCGAUUGAGCAUUACAAUGCCCCGGGCAGCACCGACUUUGCGUUCCUUCUCUCAACUCGUGCAGGUGGUCUUGGUAUCAACCUGAUGACUGCAGAUACUGUCGUUUUGUUUGACUCUGAUUGGAACCCCCAGGCCGAUUUGCAAGCUAUGGCGCGCGCCCAUCGUAUAGGUCAGACAAGACCUGUAAGCGUCUAUCGCCUUGUCUCGAAGGAUACAAUUGAAGAAGAGGUCAUCGAAAGAGCCCGCAACAAGCUCUUGCUAGAGUUCAUCACCAUCCAGCGCGGUGUGACUGACAAAGAAGCGUCGGAUAUGCAAAAUAAGAUGGCGCGUGUGGUUGCCGAGCCCAAUUCGACCGAUGAUAUCUCCCGAAUUCUCAAGCGUCGUGGCCAGAAGAUGUUCGAGCAAACCGACAACCAGAAGAAACUGGAGCAGCUCGAUAUCGAUUCUGUCCUUGCAAAUGCAGAAUUGCAUCAAACUGAAGAGGCGGAGCAAAUACAAGCCGAUGGUGGUGAAGAAUUCUUGAAAGCGUUCGACUUUGUCGACAUCAAAGUCGAUGAUCUUUCCUGGGACGACAUCAUCCCCAAAGAACAGCUUGAAGAGAUCAAGGCCGAGGAAAAGCGCAAAGAGGAUGCUCAUUAUCUUGCCGAAGUCAUUGAGCAAAAUCGUCCCCGUAAGCGCCACGCGCCAGCGGACACAUCAGAUUCACGAGAGGAACGCAAGGCAAAGCGACUGGCCAGAGCUCAAGUCAACAUCGAUGAUGGCGAAGACGAGAGUGCCGCCUUGGAUCCCAAGCGCCCUCUCGGAGAGAAGGAAUACCGUGCGCUCUCUCGAGCUUUCCUUCGUUAUGGCGAUCUGGAUGACUCGGAGCACCUGAUUCUUGAGGAUGCAAGAUUGCAAAACCGGGAUCGGGACACUGUACGUGCCUCUCUGAAUGAAAUCACGGACAAGGCAAACGCACUUGUUCAAGAAAGUCUCGAUCAGCUGGAGGCCCUCAAACAAUCGGGUAGAAACCCCACGAAGAAAGAGCAGAAAGCCGUCCUGUUCGAUCAUCACGGAGUCAAGCGACUGAACGCGUGGACUAUCGUUGAGCGUCCGCCUGACAUGCGCCUUAUCCGAAGCAUCAUCAAAGGACUUCCUGAUUUCAGGACAUUCCGACUUCCUGAGGCUACCAAAUUGGCAGACUACAGUUGUCAAUGGGGUGCACGCGAAGAUGGAAUGCUUCUUGUGGGUAUCGCACGCCAUGGGUUUGGUGCGUGGACUCAGAUUCGCGAUGACACUGAGCUUGGCCUUGGCGACAAAUUUUUCCUAGAAGAGCACCGAGUGGAGCGAAAGACCCAGCGCUUGCAAACCGAGGAGAAAGCAACGAAAUCACCGGGUGCUGUGCACCUCGUUCGACGGGCUGAAUAUCUCAUGUCUGUGUUGAGGAAUAAAUACGAUAACAAUGCCACGGCAAGAAGAGCAGUGGACAAUCACCACCGCAACAACAAGCGUGGCUCCCGGGUUUCUGGCAGCGGCAGUGUGUCCGCUUCUCCGGCGCCCUCAAGCUCUCGCAGGCCUGAGAAUCCACGCAAGGGACACCGUGAAUCCGAUCGGUCAAGGCCACGCUCUCACGCGCAUGGUAACCGUGAGGGCAUUGAUCGUCAUGCACCCAACCACGAUUCUCGCUCUCGGACUGGCCCCGAUGUCGAUCGUCCACGCCAUCGUCUAUCUGAUGCCUCGAAUGAUGAGCUGCGCCGACGCAAGGGGCAUGAGAAUGGCAGUUCCACCAAGGAGGACAUGGCAUUCAUGUUCUUCAAGCCUAUUGUUCCCAAUCUGAAGCAAGUGUCCAUGAUCACAGCCAAGAAUUACCCCAAUAAGAACGAGAGGGCCCAGAAACUCCGUCUGACUCUUGUCAAGAUUGGAGAAUUCAUUCGCACUACUCUGGAGGGAUCGGAAUCGAUGCCCUCUUUGGAAGUUCGACUCUGGGAUUAUGUUUCACUUAACUACUGGCCAAACAAGGACGCCAGUGGUGCUAAGUUGCAGCAGAUGUUUAACAAGGUCAUGGAAGCCAGUAAAGCUUCUAAAGCUUCUAAAGCUUCGAAUGGCAGCUCGGGUUGA